AUGUCAACCGCUGCUGACCCGACCCUCCAACCCGACCCGACCAAUUACGACCGCCUGAGAGAGCUCAAACAAUUCGACGACUCCAAAAUCGGCGUCAAGGGUUUAGUUGACCGUGGCCUCCCCACCAUCCCUCGAUUCUUCGUCCACCCACCCGACCCGGAUACCUCCACCGAACCGGGUUCAAGUACCCGUACCCGCACCUCCAUCCCGGUGAUAGACUUCUCCGCUCCCAGGUCAACCCUAGUCAAACAAAUCCGCGAUUCCGCCUCCGCUCUAGGGUUCUUCCAAAUCGUCAACCACGGAAUCCCACCGGAAACCAUCAACCGUCUGCUGAGCUCCGCCCGCUCGUUCAACGAGCUCCCGGAGGAGGAGAAGGCGCGGUUCUACAGCCGCGACAUGAGCCACGGCGCCGCGUUCUCGACCAAUUUCGACCUCUACCAAUCGAAUGCCGCCAGCUGGCGCGACACCCUGCAGCUCCGCCUGGCGCCCACCCCGCCCGACUGGGACCACGUGCCGGAGAAUUGCAAGGAUGCGAUUGUGGAUUGGGAUAAGGAAGUGGCGCGGUUCGGGGAGGAGCUGAUGGGGCUGCUGUGCGAGGGAUUGUUGGGUUCGGAGAACGCGGGCCUGUUGAAGGAAAUGUCGUGUUUGGAUACGAGGAUAAUGGUGGCGCAUUAUUAUCCGUAUUGCCCUCAACCGGAGCUGACGAAGGGGCUGUCGUCGCACACGGAUCCUGGUGUGCUGACUGUGCUGGUGCAGAACGUGGUACCCGGGUUGCAGGUGAAGGUUGGGGAUGAAUGGGCUGACGUGGAACCCGUCGAGGGCGCUAUCGUUAUCAACAUUGGUGAUAUACUUCAG